AUGGAACUCUCAGGAUAUAUUCCACCUAUACAAGGUCUAAAGGACACCUAUAAGUUCCAGAGACACGCCCACUCUUACCUAUUGAAGAGUGAAUAUCAGGAGCUAGUAGGAGGUGGUGUCCACUUUGACUGGUUGAGUACCAGUGAAAUCCUGUGGAACCAGCAUCACCACAGGGAUCUCACACAGACAGUGCUAGUCAUGAGGUUCCUUCAGCUCCUGGCUGUUCUUGGUGUGCUGGGCAAUGCAUGUGCUCAAAAUGGUUGCGGCUACGGAGAUCUUCAGGAGCGCCUGGGCCUUGGUAGCACCAAUGUGACACUGACAUCAGCAAGACCUGUGAGGAACUGGUGGACACCAACAUAUGUCUAUGUUGACCUCUACCUGCUAGCCAUUACAGAUGUGAAUGAAAAGGCCCAGAGCUUCUCUUCCCAGAUUGCAGUUGGACUGGGUUGGACCAAUGAGUUUGUCUCUUGGGACCCAAAAAAAUUUUGUGGAUUAAGUUUCAUGACCGUACCCAGAGAUAAGCUUUGGAUUCCAGAUACUAUCAUCAGAGAAUCCAUUAAAACAGAGGCCUCAAUGAGCACUGAACCAUAUAUUCGCUUAUAUGCCAGUGGUAUAGUGAGUACAGAAGAGCUCUACACCACAACCAGCUCCUGUAAGAUGGAUCUUGAGAAAUUCCCCUUUGACACACAGGAAUGCACUCUGACCAUCACAACCUUAAUGCAUGAUAUGUAUGAGGUGCAUAUCAUGCCAUACUCCAACGCCUCGGUCCUCACGAUCAAUUCCCGCAGAAACUUCCAGACUCAAGGAGAAUGGGAACUGAUCAGUAUCAAGAACGUCAAUGAGACAGAGUCCAGUCACCUGACGUAUACGAUCACCAUAAAGAGGAGGCCCUCGUUGUAUGUUCUCAUCUUUUUUUUGCCGAUCUUCUGCUUUCUGGUCUUGGAUGUUGCGUCCUUUUUCAUGACCGAGUCCACCGGAGAAAAACUGAGCUUUAAAGUGACGCUGCUUCUGGCCAUUUCGGUCUUGCUGCUCAUUCUACAUGAUAUAUUACCCUCCACAGCAGACAGUGUGCCUCUCAUAGGUAUCUAUUGCAGUGUAAUAUUCGUCCUUACAGGUCUAAGCAUUCUGGAGACAAUCCUGAUAGGUUUUCUGAUAUCCAGAGACAAACAAGCUGACGAGGACAACUGGACUUCCUCAAAACCACGAGAGGACAUGACAAAUGGAACAGAAUUCAACCAAGAGGGUGAUACAGACCGGGACGGCGACGCCUUGAAGUCUGGAGCUAGCGGAGGAGAACAGUCAUCCAGCAUCUCCCUGCUACAACAGAUCCUCAAUGAGCUUCAGAAUGCUGAUCAGAGGAGUAGCCAUGCUGAUGCGGAAUGGAAAAAGGGGAGGCCACGCCGGUGGCGUCGAGUGGCCAGAAUUAUUGACAUUACCUUCUUUAUCGUUUAUGUAAUCAGCAUUGUAGUGUUUCUGCUGCUGAUAAGCAUGUCUUGGUUUAACGUAGUUCUAGAUUAA